UCCAUCCAUGACUUAGAAAUGAGUAGUAAAGUGUUCUUUCCCUCUAGUUCUGUUUGAUCUUUACUGAGUGCUCACUCUCUAUGGAUCCAAGGUUGCAACAGGCUGCUGAAUCCGGUAGCAUCGGUGACUUUUUUUAUGCAUUGAUUGAUGAGAAUCCGUUCAUAUACUGCUCCAUCUCCUUGUGGUGCCGAGUGCCUCAUAACUUUAAUUGUUUCCAAGAUGUGCGUGUUAAAGGCGAGGAUGCUCUGUAUUUUGGCUGUGAUGAAUGAUAGAUUGUAACUUCUCCAUUUCCUUAUCGGAUGGAUCCAGAGAAUGAGCCAAAGAGAGAUGCCUUCUUUAGUCCUGGGUAUGCUUUACUAUUUUCUCUCUGCUCUUGUAUCUGCUUAGAGACAAAGAUAAUCUCCUCUCUAUGAUGACUCUAUAUGUUUUGGUAAGGCAAUGUGCGGAACCAUCAGAUAAUGGGCAGCACCUGAUCCCUGCUUCUGGUUUUGGUUGGUUUGAUACAACUCUUGAGAGGACUUUGAGGAUGCAAAGAUACAACAACCUUUGAACAUAUGCCAUAAAUGACUUAUGGAGCCAAAAUUGUGAAACGUCCAAUAAAAUGAAUUUCAUACUGGGGGAGAAAUCCAGAUGCCAGAUGCCAGAUGCCAGAGUCCCACUUGUUUUUAAAUUGUUUCUUCUUCCACAUGUACAUGUGGUUUCUUGGGUCUUCAACUCUUUCUUUAUUGUUUCUUGCAUUGGUUCGUUGGUCCCUUGGUUCUUAGUUAAGGCAAUUUCUGCCAUUAUUGUCUUCUUGUUAAACUGUAAUCAAUCUUGCUGAAUUUAGAUCACAAUCAGUUUUCUGUCAAAAGGCUCUCUCUCUCUCUCUCUCUCUCUUUCUCUCCAUGGACCCGAGACUACUACAUGCUGCUGAAACUGGAAGCAUCAACAACUUUUAUGAUCUUAUUGAUGACAAUCCUUACAUUCUUGAUAACAUCAAUGCCGUGCCAUUUGUCAACACUCCCCUCCACGUAGCUGCAGCAUCUGGGAACAUACCAUUCGCCAUGGAAAUGCUGAAUCUUAAGCCAUCGUUUGCUAGAAAGCUGAACACAAGUGGGUAUAGUCCAUUGCAUCUUGCUGUGGAAAAAGAUCAUAGACAGUUCAUAACAUGGCUGCUCUGGCUUGAUCCUGGACUUGCUCGUGUUAAAGGCAGAGAAGGAAUCACACCUUUUCAUCUCAUUGUCGUAAAAAGAGCUGUAAAUCUUGUGGUAGACUGUCUUAUGUUUUGCCCUGAAUGUAUCCAAGAUGUGAGUGUGAAUGGCCAUAACGCUCUUCACCUUGCUGUGCUGAAUGAUAGAUUUGAAGUUCUCCAAAUUCUUAUAGGUUGGAUCCAAAGAAUGAGUCAAAGAGAUGCUGCUGUCACUGAAUCUGAUAUCUUGAAUAAAAAAGAUUUAUCUUCCAACACGCCUCUGCAUCUUGCAGCAUAUAAGGAAGAUCAUCAGGCUGCAAAACUAUUACUAGAACGUCAGCUGGUGAAACCGAACGAAGUAAAUGGUGAUGGUUUGACAUUCCUUGAUAUUGUAAGAAACCAAGAACAGAGUAGAGACUUGGAUUUGGAGCUAGUUGUUGUAAAAACCGGGUGCAAGGAGACUGCUUCUCUUCCAAAACUCGAGAAACCUUCCGAUCACUUUAAGUCACCAGUCACUUUCUGGACUCAUAUCUCCAUUGGCCUCAGACGCCUAAGGUCCGACACUUCAGAAGAAGGCCGUGCAGUCUUCUUGAUUAUAUGUACUUUGAUAAUCACAUCCACUUAUCAAACCGCACUGCAGCCUCCGGGAGGUGUACACCAAUCCGAGGGUGGAGGUACAGCGGUGAUGAAGCAGACAGUCUUCAUCGUCCUAUGGGUUUCCAACACUAUAGGCUUCUGUUGCGCUCUACUCUACACGUUUUGUCUCCUGCCAAUUGGUAGCUUGUUUACCACAUGGUUCUUUUGGAUUGGAGCGUCUCUCGGAGUUUCUUAUGCACUCGCUAUGGCUGUAAUCUCACCUAAUCCUCUAUUGUUUCUCUGUGCCGCCUUCACCUUGUACCUGCUCUUUCCUAUGUAUCUCUUGAUGGAAAUUUUCAUAUCCCUGAGGCUGAGCCAUCUUAAGGCUGCAAUAAAUCGAAUCUUUAUCUGACAUAAAUGAGACAGAGAGUACUUUGAGAAUCCAAAGAUAUUAUUAACCUGUUUGAAUGUUA